AUGACUGCUGUGGAUUUCUCUGUCGUGACUUGCGAUUCUACGGAUAUCCUGGAGGUUUUUAACCACUUUUACUUGAUUUUCUGGAGGAAAUAUACGUCCGCCCCGCACGGCCACGAGCUGAGGUCGCUUUGUCCCAUCAAGCGCAGGGUCAUUACCUCCGAGCUAAUGACGAGAGCAUCUACUUACAUACCUGAGCUUGAAGCUUCUGGGGCUCCGAGUCCAGAUAGGCGUCAUCAACUCCCACAACGUCUUGCUUGUUUCGGACGGUAUGGGCGGCUACUUGGCCCUAGAGCUCGACUCCUGACACGAAGGCUUGCCACAAUUCUGCUCCAGUCGGGUUCCUACUGCAACCUGGCCAUCGGGCUGGAUCACCAGAAAUACUGUAAAUCGGAGACCGACCGGAAACGGAGCCACGGAAGAAAUGGAAAUCGUAUCGGUGUCUUGAGCUGGAAGCUCCUUGUGCGAGCGCGCAAUCAACCGGAGACGGCCCUGGAUGCUGAGAACUGCACUUCAAUAAACACUGCAGACGGACUGAGUAUUGGCCAGGGGAAACGCUGGAGCCUGAAGACUAUAACUAGAGGCCGACAACUCCUGAUGAUGACUUACGGGGCGUUCCAGCUGGCUGCUUGUGACCGGUAUGGGCAGCGAAGAUGGCCACCAACUGACUCACGAGGGCUUGACAUCAACUGCGUCGCGCCGCCGCGUACAGUACCAGGAGUGCGCGAUCACGUGACUGACGCGCCCGCGUUCAGUUGUGAUGCAUGUGAUGGCGCGUGGCACGAGGCAGUUCACUUCUUACCGGCCACCUCCACCGACCCCACAAUCGGCUGCCUACAGUGCUCGUUUUGCGGCCUUGAACACUCAGGGCGCGCCAUGUGGUCCAAGCUCAGCAAUGCCUUGAAAUCAUCCUCAUCCAAGCACGGCCGCGACGACGACGAGUGGGAGGAGUCCGGGUUGCAGCCUCCAGUGCUGGACGGCGUCUUUGAGCAGCACCCGAACCUUUCCGUGUUCUAUAACAAUCAGGAGGAGGUGCCUUUUCCGAAUGCUAGUCCGCCGGCGUCGCCUUCGAAGAGUGGGCGAAAGGGGCUGUUGAAGCGAGCGUCUAAGAUGCCAUGGAGCGAGGACAGCGAGAAUCAGUCUCCCGCCAAGCUAUCGCUAUCACUACCUUCGAGAUUGAAAAACUCCUUGAACUUGAAUGGUUCGGACAUAUCGCUGCCACGGGGAUUAACGGAUUCUCCGCGUCCAUCUCAAGAGACUCUGCGGAGAGACUCUCAGGACAGUUCGAAACCCCCGCAGACACCUGUUGACAACAACAAAUUCGGUUCGCUACGUUCAAUCCUGCGAGACCGGAACACCCCCGCUACCGGGCAGAGCGUCAGGUUCUUCUCGCGCGACGCAUACAAAGUUAUCACACCCGACACAUCAGUAGCUUCAGAGCCCGAGCCUAACUCCUUCCACGAUCGUCUCCAGCAAGCUGCUCCGAACGAGCCGGCAGGAUCGACUCUGCGUCACGAGAUCCCGUCGUCCAUGAAUGAUCUAUUCUCCCCGCCCAAGCUGGCGCCACCCUACCCUGGCACUCCGGGAGAGUCGUCAAGAGGCCUUGCGUCAUUUGCUAUCCCUACCUCUGACCUUUCCAACAUCUUUGACAUAUCCCAAGAACACGAGCUGCCCACCAUCCCAGUGGAUACUGAAGGUCGCUUACUUGACGAAGCGGUGGAAAUUGAAGACACCGCGGAGACCGUAGAGGGUCUCGGUUCGGAUCCAGUGCGGCGCAGCAGUACGCCCCUCAAACAUAACCAGUCGGUAUCGUUCGCGACAGCCAAGUCCGAGCAUACCCUGGACCGAAGCAAAUCCUUCAGCUUCGGUCAGACCGUCUUCCACUCAGUGGCGGAUGGCAACUCUGCAGAGUCGGAGAAGAGCCAGUCGUUCAUGACUGCGGCAGAGAAGUCGGAGGCACGCCCCGUAUCGCCGGAAGGCAGCCUCGCGAAACGCGGGCGGUCCAUGAGCGACACCAUGUUCCAGUCGAUGCUGCGCUCUACUAUGAAAUCUCCCGAGGCUGACAUCGACGAUCGCUCGGAAGCAAUGGUCGUCUACGCUCAACCCGAGCCAGACCCCUUCUCGACAAAUGCCACGACAUUCUACUCGCCACAAGCGAACAUCCCGCCCACGCCUCCACACACCACGCAUUCGCGCAAGAGCUCGCGUGAGGAAGAUCUGAUCCUGUCGCUGAAGACGCAGCUCUCGCUGCAGCAGGAGAUGUGCGGGCACUACGAGAUCGACCUGAAGGCGCGCGACGAGCUGGUGGGGAUGCUCUCUGCGCGGCUCGAGCAGGCUGACCGCGACGCAGAGAAGCGCAAGAGCGCGCUGAAGCAGUGGAAGAAGAAGGUGCAGGAGCUCGAGCGGACGUGCCGGCACCUUGAGGAAGAGGUCGAUAAUAGUCGCCAGGAGAGCCUGGAGCGGAGCGUCAUGGAUGAGGCGAGCGGGGAGGCGCUGAGGCAGCUGCACAGACAGAUCAAUCGCCUUGAGAUGGAGAAGAAGGAGGUAGAGAAGAGAGAGGCUAUUGCGAGGGAGGAGGUGGAGAAGCUCAAGGCGGACGCUGGCGCGAAGGACGAUGAGAUUAAGAGACUCACCGGCGAGCUGGAGAAGAAAGAGGCCUGCGAACGGGCGCUGCAAGAGGGCAUCAAGGCUGCGAACGAGCAGAUGACGAUGAUGCAAAGGCAAUCUUACGGAGACGACGAGCACGAGCUGAAGGCUCUUGUUGUCAAGCGCGAGCAGGUCAACGAAGAGGAGAAGGACCGCCACCGCGAGAUUGAGUUCGCAUGGGCGGAGGAGCGUGCGCGACUGGUGACCCGGGUGGACCAGCUGGAGGUGGAGAAUAAGGAAGUCACUGGCCAACUUGAUGACCUGCGCCAGGAGGUUGCCAGGAAAGAAGAACAGCUCGGCAUGCUGCAGAACGAGCUUGAGGCGCAGUGGAAGAAUACGGAGGAGAUGAACGAUAGGAUCCAGGUUCUCACUCAGGACAGGAAUACGCUCCAGACUGAGAUUGAAGUCCUCGAGGAAAGAAUCUCCAACAUGGAAGUUGACUGGAGUCAGACUGAGAAUCGCAAGUGUGAGCUAGAGGCCGAAGCUCAGGAGGCCUGGAACGCUAGGGAUGAGAUAGAAAGAGAGAAGCAGCAGCUCGAGGAUGAGCUUCACGCCGAGCGAGAGCACACCGAUGGCUUGACACAGGCUCUCCAAGAGCGGGAGGAUCGUAUCGAAGAUCUCGACAGAGAACGUCAAUAUGCUCUUGACACUGUCAAGCGACUGGAAGACAAUCUUCGUGAACGCGAUACCGAUUCUACCGAAUAUUCCAAACGGGUUGCUGAGCGCGAACAACAGAUCGAGCAGUUGCAAGAUGAGCUGUCUGGCCUGAAGCGUGAGCACAAUCGUAUUGUCGACGAACAACGCAGGGCCAUCGAUGAUAUCUCAAGUCGGGAGGAACAAGCCCGGACGAGCAUGGAGACCAUGAUACAGCAGAAAGCAGAGGCGGACGUCGCGUUGAAGACGUUGAAUGACCGUGUUGCAUCGCUGACUGCCGAAAUCGAGAAGCUUCGAAGACAAGUCCACGUCUUGCAAGCAGAGACGUCUGACAAAGACAUCAAGAUCGUGCAAUUGACGAAACAGCGCAACAAACACCAGGAAGAUAUCAAUGGCAUGAAUAUUGCUUUAGACUCGAAGCAGCAGGAACUAGAACUUCUCAAACGACGCCUCGGAGUAAAGGGAACAGCUGGUGCUACACCCGCCGCAGCGACUACCAAGACUUUCCACCGCCGAGAAUCGUCGAUUCCAGUGACCCCUGGGACAUCGCGACCUUCCUCACGACUGUCGGAGACCACCAAGCGAGGGACUAGCCAGACUCCGUCUGCGCUAAGCAAAAGUAUUCGCGGCAAUCGGACAAUGGAUAGCACUUCGAGCGCAGAUUCCUUACCUGCAUCCGCUCAGAAAAUCCAGGGAGCUAUGGGGCCCCCGCUGACGAAGCCUCGGGCAUCUGCGGCAUCGGCAGGAACACCUACCCCGACCCAGUCAAGAUUGCCGCCGUCCUCCCUGAAGCGUACCUCUUCUGCCAACCCGGCACCCGCGACUGCAGGGCCGUCAACUCUGCACCGUCGGGCAUCCUCGGUGACUCCAGCCUCAAAAGUUGCGCGCAGCCCAUCGUCUAUGAGCGAGCGGGAAGACAAGGAGAAUGCGACGCCAACAGCUAGACCGGCACGGAAACCUGUCGCUGUGCCUGCAUGA